UUUGUAACUGAGGCGGUGCCUUGGGUUUACCUAAAAUUAAAGGAAAAAGAAGAAAAACUAAAAGAAAAUGAAGCGCCUUUGAUAAGACCCUAAAUCAAUGCAAAAACUUAAGUAUGCUAAAAAAAGCCUAAACCCUAUCGUCAAUUAGAGUCACAUUUCCUUUUCUUCGCAUUCUGUAGUUAUGGUGGAAUAUACUGGUUGUGCCUUUUCUUCACUGCAAAGAUUCUCAUUUAAAGUGCUUUUACCAGAUUUCUCCUAAAUUUGAGUUCAUCAGAUAAUGUUGAGGACAUGCGUAUUUAUGUUGCAACCCCGAACUCAGACAAAAUGUCCAUUUUCUACCGAUUCUAAAGCCUUCUUUGGUCAUUGGCGAUGAUGGGUUCAAUCUCCAUCGGUACUUCUUCAACCCAACAGGAUGGAUUAUCCAAAUUGUAUCCUCGACUAGUAAAGGCAUGCUGUGCUUCAUUUGUCUUUCGAAGGGUAUAUUCAAGGGAUAAGGUAAUAAAUUUGAGUUUUUUCCUUUGGAUUUCACUAAUGAUGUUGCCAAUCACUGAUCUAUCCACUAAAUCUGACUUAAGCUUUUUAAUGACUGUAAGGGUAUCACCUUCGACAGCCAUAUCUCGAAAACCCAUUUCUUCCGCAAAAAUGACUGCUUGUAGACAUGCCUUCGAUUCCGCAGUGGUCAGAUCCCCUGUCCUUCCUAUUGGGGGUGGGUAGCCAAGCGUCAUUCCAGAUAUUUGUUGAUUCACCAUUCCUUAUCCUCCAGCCUGUUCCUUCUUCAAGUGAGCUUUGUGCGUUCCAAAUGCUAUGUCUGGUAAAGGAGGGGCUUAGAAAACAUAAGGAAUGGCAACAUGAGAGAUGGAGAUGGAGAUGGAGGUAUAAAGUUGUUAAGAUGUUCCUGAAAGAAUCUAGAUGGUGGGGGUAUUUCUGUUAUGACAUCUUCCAUUAUCAGAAUUUAAAGCUCAAGCUCUGCGCACUAGCCAAUUAAGCAAAACAGAAAUAUUAUCAGCAUAAAUCUCCACAUUUCAGGGAGAUAAAGAAAACAGCUGAACCUACGUCUCUAGCAAAAAUGUUUGAGAUUAAUAAAAUUUCAACAAAGAUUAUAA